AAGUUUGUCAGUCAGUCGGCGUCUUAAUCAGCACCGAUAAAGUUUGAUCCAAGAAAAACAUUAAAUCAACACAUUAUAAAAAUAAGGAUGGCAAUUUGGGAGAAGAAGAUUCUCUGGGGCGUCAUGCUGCUGCUGAACGGUGCAGUGGGUCAAAUUGUGAACUAUCCACCUCCUGUUUGUGCCAUGAAAGGCUCGACUGUCACGCUCUCCUGCACCUUCGAACCACUGAAGUUCGCUGGUGGAAUAAAAAUUGUGAUUUACAGAGUCGUCUGGUGCAAGAACCAUGAGAUUUGUCAGGGCAGCUUUCCGUCUGUGUACGACAGUGAAUCAAUCAACAACAACAACAACCCUCGUUUCAGAUACCUGGGAGACAAGAUGGGAAACUGCACUUUACAGAUCACAGAUAUUCAAGACAGCGACGAAGGAACUUAUCGCUUCAGAGUGGAAACUGAUCACAGAUCAGCAACUUUUACUGGCCAACUAGGAGUGACAGUCUUUGUCAGUGAUCUGACUCAAAUGAGAAUAUACAGCUCUGUUUCUGAGACUGAGACGAGAGAGGGAGAAACAGUCACACUGCACUGCACUGCAAACUGCACUUACCACCAACUGGAGCUCACCUGGUUCAGAGAUGGCCACGCCCUCUCAGAGACCGGCCCCGCCCUCCAGCUCGGCCCGCUGACUGCAAAGGAUUCUGGGAAAUACAGCUGUGGUUUGAAGACCAUCAACGGUUCACUCUCUGAGCCGUACAGCCUGUAUGUGAAGACCAGAGAAGGAACGAGUAGCGGCACAGUGGACACAAUGCAGGUUAUUCGUCUGGUUCUCUUCAUUCUGCACACUGUGCUCAUCAUCAUAGUGGCAUCUGUUGUCAUCAAAAGGACUUGUGUUUGCAAGAAAGCAGCAGCAAAGAGGUGAAAAGAAAUGACGGUGCAGUUUCAGACUCGAGAUUUCAUCGAGGAGUUUUGAUGUCCAGAUGAACAAGGCCGGACAGUCUAAUCAAUUUCAUCUCAAGUCAAAUCAAUUUUAUUUAUAUAGCCAAUUAUCACAAAUCACAACUUGGUAAUAUUAUCAUCUGUAACAUAUCUGCUCUAUUAUUAACUUGUAUUUGUUUCUAUUUGAAUUUAUCAGUUUUAAUUAAUCUAUUUUAGUCUGUAUUGUACCUUAUCUUUUAAUCUGCCCCGAUCGUAUUUAAUUCUUUUAUUAGUACUAAUAUUUCUGUGUUUACGGCAAAUAUUCUUCAAACUACAUUUACUCUUGUUGGUAUUGAUUGUUGUAGCUGUUUUGUUCUGUAAUUGUUUCUCUCUGUUAUUUGCUUCUGCUUUGCCUUGUAUGUCAAAGCACUCUGUAAACUAAAGUUGCUGUAUAAAUAAAGUCAUUAUAUUAUUAUUAUCA